UGCUCAGUUCUUUUGCCUAUGACGUCAAUUUUGCAAUUCAUUAAUGAAAUCUGUCCUUUCUGUCCAUUAAAUUAUGUAGCAUUAGCUAAUAAAUGUUGCCGGGUGAUAGAUCUUGUGGACCAGAGGAAUGUUCAGGGAUCUCCUAAUGGCUUCCGGCUGUCGCUGCUCUAAUGUCAUUAAACAUUUCUUCUGGUUAUGUGAAGGUAAGAAAAGAAUAAGACAGCGGUAGACACCUAUGUUUAUGUACAUGUCUGUUCUUCCGUAAUAAAAGCCUGUGAGGGAUUUCAGCCUCUUCAGAGCCACUAGAGGCAGCCAAGCUAAAUAAAUGUCCGUGCACGAAUAAGGAAAAGGGGGGUGGAUUAGAAUAAAGCACAUAGCAGCUUUUGCUGCUAUGAAAUCUCAACCAGAGAUCAGCUGCAGGAAAGAAAUUCUGGGAUCUUGCGGGAAGCCUGCAGACACCGACAGCCUGGAAUAGCAGCAGACUAUAUGCACGCACAAAUGGCUCGGGCUCCACAACCAGAUUAAAGUAAAUCUAAUCACUGAAGAAUAUGUUAAAGUAUCAACUAAACAGCAAUCUGUGCUCCAUGGCAAUACCAUGAAUGGUGGAACACGACGCUUUAGUGGCGCCCAAUGGCACCUGCAGAAAAUUGUGAAUGACUCCGUGGACAGCUCAGACGAUGAGUUCUUUGAUGCCAGAGAGGAGGUUGUUGAAGGUAAAAGUGCCAUCCUUAUUGGGAUGAGUCAGUGGAACUCCAAUGACUUAGUUGAACAGAUUGAAACUAUUGCGAAGUUGGAAGAAAGCCCAGGAGAUCUCUACCGGGUACAUGGAAGAAAACACAGGUGCCCCAGACAGAGCAGUUUUGAGAUACAUGAAGACAAUGAGGAUGUGGGCUCACAAAACAGCUGUAAAACACACGUUCUUGCUCUUGUUCUACAUGGUGGAAGUAUACUCGAUACAGGAGGAGGGGAUAUCAACAGCAAGAUGGCCGAUGUCAACACCUUCAGCUCAGUUUUUGAGAAGGUGACCAGAGCUCAUUUUCCAGCAGCUCUUGGGCACAUCUUAGUCAAACUGGUCCCUUGUCCUGCAAUAUGUUCUGAAGCUUUCUCGCUGGUUUACAAUCUUAACCCUUACAGCUACGAUGAGAACUGCCUGAACAUUAGUGAAGAUCACAUCCCACUUGCUGCCUUGCCACUGCUGGCCAUCUCUUCUCCUCAAUACCAAGAUGCAGUUGCUAUGGUGAUCAGCAGAUCAAACCAAGUUUACAAUGAAUUUCUCAAGUCUCCUGAUGGAGCCGACUUUAAUGGACAGGUCUGUCUGAUCGGGGACUGUGUUGGAGGUAUCCUGGGUUUUGAUGCUCUGUGUUAUAGUGCCAAGACACCUGGAGAGAGUCAAAACAGCAGUCGGCGGGGAAGUGUCAGCAGCAUACAGGAUAAUCCUUUUUUAUCAAAUGAAAGCAGCGAGAACCUGAGAGGCACUAAGCGGCUCAGCAAAAGCAAUAUUGACAUCUCCGGAGUUUUGGAUAAUGCAGAACCCAGGCCGCCAUUACAAAGGAAACAGAGUGAUUCUUCUACCUAUGACUGUGAUACCAUAACACAACACCAUGCAUUCCUGUCCAGCAUCCAUUCCAGUGUCCUGAAGGAUGAUGUGGACUUUCCCAGAAUGGUCAGCUCCAAUCUCUGUGAGGAACAUCUGGGCCGUUUUGACUUUGAAGUGUCAGACUUUUUCCUGUUUGGUUCUCCACUGGGCCUGGUAUUGGCUAUGAGAAGGACAGUUUUGCCCGGACUAGAUGUGUGCCGGGCCCGUCCUGCUUGUGGUCAGGUUUACAGUUUUUUCCAUUGUGCUGAUCCAUCCGCCUCAAGACUGGAACCUUUGCUGGAGAAGACAUUUCACAUGCUUCCACCAUUCAAUGUUCCAAGAUACCAGAAAGAUCCCCUGGGAGAUGGAAAGUCUUAUCUAUUAGUGGAUGCCAUUCAAGCUUGUAGUGCAGCAUUUGUAGAGACCACUGCCAGCAACAACUCUUCUACAGAGACACAGGCGUCCUCCAAACUAUCAACACCGACACAAGUUAAAGCCAGGCGGUCUAGCCUAGUGAGCAUGAGCAGUGAAAUGUCUAGUUCUUCAGAAAGCUUGCCAUCUGCAAAAAUUGCUAACAUUACCGCUAACUGGUGGGGAACAAAGCGCAUUGAUUACGCCUUAUACUGUCCUGAUGUACUCACCGCCUUUCCAACGGUAGCUCUACCACACCUCUUCCAUGCCAGUUACUGGGAAUCAACAGAUGUGGUGGCCUUCAUUCUAAGACAGCUUAUGAGAUAUGAGAGUGUUCAGAUACAACAGAAGGAAGGAAUCGAUACCAUGAACAUGAGUCCCUCAAGUCGCCAAGAGAAAUGGCUGCGAAAGAGGAAUCACGUCAAACUGCGUAAUGUUACAGCCAAUCACCGAGUCAAUGAUGUGAUUGCGGUGGAAGGAGGAUCUCAGAUCUUAGUUGGUCGGUUCAUGUAUGGCCCUCUAGACAUGGUAGCUCUGACAGGUGAAAAGGUAGACGUUCUUAUUAUGAUGGAGCCUUCCAGUGGAAGAUGGGUUUACUUCGACACAGAGAUAUCCAAUAGCAGUGGACGAGUCUUCUAUACCAUACCAGAGGAUAAAAGGUUGGGUGUUGGAGUCUACCCCAUCAAAAUGGUUGUAAGAGGGGAUCAGAGCAGUGCACAAAGUUACCUCACUGUGCUUCCUCGAGGGAUGGAGUGUGUCGUUUUCAGCAUAGAUGGCUCUUUUGCAGCAAGCGUGUCGAUUAUGGGGAGUGAUCCUAAAGUCAGGGCUGGAGCAGUGGAUGUUGUCAGGCACUGGCAAGACCUUGGUUAUCUAAUAAUUUACAUCACUGGACGUCCAGACAUGCAGAAGCAAAGAGUGGUCUCCUGGUUAUCCCAGCACAAUUUUCCACAGGGCAUGAUCUUUUUUUCUGAUGGUCUUGUACAUGACCCCUUGCGUCAGAAGACUAUAUUCCUUCGGAACCUCAUGCAAGAGUGUCACAUUAAAAUUAGUGCUGCCUAUGGUUCAAUGAAAGAUAUUUCUGUGUACAAUGUUCUUGGCUUAUCGUCAUCUCAAAUCUAUAUAGUUGGACGUUCAGCCAAGAAGUAUCAGAAUCAAUGUCAGUUUAUUAAUGAAGGCUAUGCUGCUCAUUUGGCUACCCUGGAAUUUAGUCACCAUUCUCGUCCUAAAAAGAACAACUCCAGGAUGAUCCUAAGGAAGGGUAGCUUUGGUUUGCACACACAACCUGAGUUUCUAAGAAAAAGGAACCACCUUCGAAGGACUAUGUCUGUUCAACAACCUGAACCACCCUCUACAAAUCCAAAACCAGAGAGAGCGCAGAGCCAACCAGAGUCUGACAAAGAUCAUGAUCGACACUUAAACCCACUAUCCUGGGUGAGAAAUGCGAGCCACAAAUUUGAGCCCUCACCAUAACAAAAGACGUAGCGGUAUCCUUGGGUUAUAGUGCACAUUGCAAAUAGGCCUUGGAGAAUUGCAGAAAAGCUGUACAGCGUGAAACAGCAAUAUGGUGGAUCUGUGGUGGCUUCCAGCAAGACCAUUCCCUAAAAAUAACCACUUGAGUGUAGGCCAAGGUAUUUUAAUGUAUUUCCUGAUAUAGAGAUAUAAGGAAUAUGUGGCACACAAUUUCUCUUCUCCCUGUAGCAAUUACUGUAUCACUAAAUUAUUUUAGGACACCAUCAUAGACAGCGAAUAUCACAUUUCAGAUCAUAAAAGUUUGCAUUACCUGCUAAAAGCUUUAGGUAUAUUACUGUAUCAGCACUUGCCCAUCAUUUUGCUUAUAUUCAGUGCUCAGGAACCAAAAAAAGUGUCACUUGUGUGUAUUUGGCACAAGCACCCACAAAGAUCUCAAAAUAACAAAAAGAGUGUGGGAACACCAGAGACAUGAAGAUUAAGUACAUAUAUUCCUAACCAGAUAUAACCUGUUACGGUGCAUUGAGGCUAGUGUUAGCCUAGAUUUUCAUGUACAUGAACUUCUAAUGUGGAGCAAUGGUGGAAUUGAAAAGAUUACUGAUAAUAGCUCCAAUGCUGCUCACUUGGAUUGUGGCAUUUUCAGGUUCUGCAGAGUAUUACAGGUGGAAAGGGAAGAUGUAGUCACUCAUCAGUAGGUUAGCCCAUAUGGGACAGAUAUCUUAUAUAUUGUCAUUAGUCUUCACUAUGAUUUUGUGUAGGUUAUUUUUACCUGUCGCCUAAAAAAAAUGUGUUUAUAAAUGUUAUUCAAGAACACUGAAUAUCUUCAGACAUUGGUGACUAAAUAAUAUGGGGUGUAAUAUGUUUAUGUUAAGUUUAGAUGUUAUUAGAGAAUUUCAUGUUUAGUUUGCUGACGUCCCUAUGGCAUCCCAUAAUAUACAGAAGAUUGCAGUAAUAAUGUUUUUUUUUUCAUGGCUGUUCGUAAAUAUCUCAAUGCCCUAAAAUGCAUACAUUAAUCUGCAGGCAUCAUGUUAUUAAGCAGAAAGAGCUGAGCUGUUUGAUAUACAUGUUUGUGGGAAAAGAUUUAUUUUAACUAUUCAUUUAUUAAUCUAAACUUUUACUUAUUCUGGGUUUAGGAGUCAUACGGGUGGUCCUAAUAAAGGAUAGACAGUUAUCUUUAUAUGUAUAGGGGAGGCUGUCAGUCAAUAAGUAGGACCGCCCACUGGGCUCCUUAGCCCAGAAUAAGCAGUGGUUUAGAUGAAUAAAAUACAAGUUAUACUGAAUCUUUUCACACAAAUAUGUAAAUAAAGCUAUUUAGCUCGUUCUGCUUUAUAACAUGUUGCCUAAAGCUUGGUCUGCACCUGCCACCAUUUUUUACUGCACCUUUAAAUGCCUGUCAUCGCUACAUAGACGAUACGGAAAUAGGUUUAAACAUAUUGGGGAGAUUUAUCAAAUCCUGUCCAGAGGAAAAGUUGGUUCUUUCAUUUUUCAGAGGCCUUUCAUAAAAAUGAAAAAAGCAAGCUGAUUGGUUGCUAUGGACAACUCAGCAACUUUUCCUCUAGACAGGUUUUAAUAAAUCUCCCCCAUAGUACCUAUAGUGAUGUCCAUAGUGGUAGCGAGAGGAAACAUUUUAAUUACACACAUAUGCAAAGUGUCCUCUGGACGUUCCUGGGAAAUGUCCAAAACUCUGAUCAGUAAAGCUUCCCAAACCCCUCUACUUCACUCUUUAGAGCAAUACUGGUACUUACGAUGAUGCAGGGGAACACUAUAACUAUCACUGAAGAGAGAAUAGGGGGGGGGGGGUGGCUUUGGAAACACCUAGAACACAUUUAGCAUCUAAUAUGGCUGAACUGACCUAGUUUUUUUUUCCCCUCUAUAACUGGACUGUAUAAAAUAAAACAGAUUUUUGAACUAAUACCUCUGGACAAACAAAAUGUUGGUACAAUCUAGUGGGAGCAGGUAGUGAGUUGGAUUAUUUUUUAUUUAACAGGAAAAUAUCACCAAUUGCCGUCACGCCCCCUCCCAUAGACUUGCAUUCAGGGGGGGUGAUGUCAUGAGGGGGUGGGGCAAUGUCGUCACAAGCUCCCGACGCCGGCUCCAGCGUUUGGAACAGUUUGUUCCAAACGCUGAGCAGCGGAAAACCCCUUUAGAUUAGGUAGACAAAACAUCCAGGAAAUGAAGUGGCUGGAGAUAAAAUUGCACAAUUUUACCUCUAGAUUUGCACAGGUAAAAUCUUCAGCAGCUUAGACUACAUUAAAUGUAGCUGAGAUUUUAUACAUUUAUUCACAUUUUGUGCAUGGAAAAUUGAGUAUAAUGCACAUUUUCAAAUCUGCAGCAUUUUAUUCAGCAAAAUCUCCAGCAAUUUUUUUUUUUAAAACAUCUAGGGAAAUUAUGAAAAUUUAGCUACACUUUGGAAAGUUUGUGCAGCGUGCAUCUAAAUGUACCAGUAUAACAUACAAAUACAAAUAGAUGUUCAUAUAUCCAACUCAGAUGAACAAAUUGUUGGACAAAUUUCAGGGUGAAUUCAUUUUCAUUCCCAAGUUUGAGAUUCAGUAAACCAAUUAUUUAAUUUCAUUCUUUUUCCAAAUGUUAUAUAAUUUUAAAUACCGUAUACAGUGUAAUAAUACAAUAUAAUAAAAUAGCAGGUAGCUCGGGUAGUUGUUGCUCUUCUGCUACAUAAGAAGGCCAAUGUUCCAAAGUUUAGACUUAUGAAUUAGCAAUCCUAACAAAAAGCAACUCAGUCUGUUGCAAAAACUAAAAUAUAGCAUUUUGUCCAUUUUUGAAAACAGUGGCAAUAUUUUGCCUUAGCCUCUUGUUAUGAGUUUGAUUAUUAUUAGCAAUGUUUUAUUAUGUGAGAUUAACCCCUUUUUUCCACUAUUCUAAUAAGGUGUUCUUGAAGAAACAGUGCAGUGUCCUGCUUUGCCUUAGUUCAAAUAUAACCAAUACUGAGUCGUUUUAUUAAAGUGCACUGGAAUCUGGCAGGUUUUAACUUUGUAUAAUGUGAAAACAGUAUUUAAUGUCAUGAUUCACAUCGGUGGUAUAGUCCUAAUGGUAGGUUAGCUGUAGCUAUCGCUCUAAAUCCUCAGCGUUACCUCUUGUAAGUAUUGGUGUUGUUCAUUCAUUAACCACUAAACCUCCUAGUGCCUCUUGUAUGAAAGGAGAAAGUGCAGGGUAGCAAUUAUUCCGACAAAGACAAGGCUAAUACCUAAUGUUUGCUUGGUAGACCAAACCGACCUUUCCCAAAUAGAAGGUCAUUAUUCUGAAAGGGACCAGGAGACCUCUUUUUGCAAUGUUGGGAAACGGCAUUGAACUGUGCACAGGACAUACAGCGAUCCUUCCUGACAGAGGUGGCGUGUAUAUAAUUACAAGUUUCGUAAACACUUCUGUGAUAUUUUUAGUCAAAGCUUUAACAGCAGUUGGUAAUCUGUAUAUGCUUUCUCUUUACUAGUUGUUUGGUUGGCUAAGUCCUGUUGGAUAUGUUAUCUGUAUAAAAGGUAUAGUUGUUAAACGUUUUAAUAUAGAGCAUGGCUGAUGCCACAACUUGAAUUAUGUACCUUUUUAUUUUUUUAUAAUCUGCAAUAAUGCAAUUUGUUUGCUGGGUUACCAACAGGAAAUGGUAAGAGACUGAAGUCAUAUGAGUGUAAACUGGUGGAGUCAAUACUCAGGAACACAAUAGCCCAGAUCUAUCAACGUUGUCUACUUAGGCUGGGUUCACAUCAGGUUUUCUCCCAUAUGGGAGCACAUACGGCAGGGGGGAGCUAAAACCUCGCACUCCCUUAUGUAAUUCAUUUCAAUGAGCUGGCCGGAGUGAAACGUUCCGUUCGGCUUAUUUUUGCGCCGUAUGCGCUUUUUCCCCGGACCUAAAACUGUGGUCAACCAUGGUUUGAGGUCCGGUUGUAAAAGCGCAUACGGGGCAAAAAUUAGCUGACCUGACCGAACGUUUCACUGCAGCCGGCUCAUUGAAAUUAAUGACAUACGGGAGGCAUACGAAGGCAUACGGGAGUGCGAUGUUUUAGCUCUCCCCUGCUGUAUGCGCUCCCGUAUGGGAGAAAACGUAGUGGGAACCCAGCCUUACUUAGCGCAAAGUGAAACCUGACAAUCUGAGGACAUGUUUGAUCGCAGUAGCUCAUUCUGUUUGCUACAUUCCGUGUAUCUUUAGACUUGACAAACUUUUUCAGCCUGCAUUUAUCACAAACAUGUUGAGAAAUUAAAUUGACUGAAUGCAAUGUUAAGGAGAAAACUCUUUGAAUUGGACAGGAAGAUUGCACAUAAAUGAGAAAAAGGUGAUAUGAGCCACAAUGUGCCAGGAUUGUACUAUGCGAAAUUGAGGUGCACAAAGAAUGAUAAAUCUGGGCCAAUGUGUUCUAAUUAAAAAAGAUUAACCAAACUGAGAAUUUUACUGAUCGGUGGGAAGUUUGAGACCAUUUAUGAAUUAUGUAAUGUAUUAUAUAUGGGGCUUUAUGGUUCUCCUUUUUCAUUUAGGCUGAAAGUCAAUUUUACAAACAUGAGAAUGAAGAGAAUUCCUUUAUAUUAAGAAAUUGUGAUUAUAUAUCAGUGUUGUAGAAACUGCUCUAAGGGUAGGUUCACACCACGUUUUUGCAAUACAGUUCCCGUAUCAGGUUUUUGAAUAAAAAACAGAUUCCCGAAAACUGAACUAAAUUGUAUGAAAACAUGUUUACAAAUUUUGAUCCAUAUACAGUUGAAAACCGUGUAAGGUUUGAAAAAUGAUGUCCAGUUGCAUCCGUUUUUUAAGAAAAAAAAACGUAUACGUUUUUAACUUUUCAUUCCCCAUUAUGAAUUAAGUUUCACUUGUUUGAUUGAAAUUCCAAGAAAAAAACUGUGCAAAGUAAAAAAAACCAUAUGGUGCAAACCGGAUGGAACCUUGUGCAUAUACGGUUCCCCUUGACUCCCAUGUAAAAAAAAAAAAAAAAAUGUUUAUGUUUCAAUAUGUUUCAACAAUACCUGAUGCAUCUUUUGGCAUACGGUUUUCAAUGGAGAGUCAAUGCAUACGGUUUUCAAUACGGUUCUGUACGGUUUUCAAAUUGAAAACAUAUACGGGAACUGCAUUGCAAAAACGUGGUGUAAACCCAGUCCAACCUAAAAGGAAGACAGCAGAUUCAAGAUCUACUAUUUCUGCAACCAGCCUACCUAUAAAACCUAUGACGUAUUCUAAAAAACUCUCCAGACUAAAGUUAUGCACUGUGUUAUAUAUACCUAGUGAAGAGCUUAAGGAAGUAGUACCUGACACAAGGAUUCAGAGAACACCAAAGUGAGCAUCCCUACUUCACGAAUCAUACCUUUGGGGCCUGCAUUAAAAGGGGUACUCCACUACCUCAGCGUUUGGAACAUUUUGUUCCGAAGGCUGAGUGCGGGCUUGUGACGUCAUGGCCAUGCCCCCUCAAUGUUAGUCUAUGGGAGGGGGUGUGGUGAUGUCACAAGCCCCAAAACCCACACUCAGCGUUCGUAACAAAAUGUUCCGAGAGCUAAGGCAGUGUAGUACCCCUUUAAGCAUAGACAAGCAUAAUACGGCUGCAUUUUUGUGGCUCUAUUACAGCAUUAAAGGGGUUGUCCAGGUAUUGCAGCUCAGCUCCAUUGAAGUGAAUAGGACCAAACUGCAGAACUACACACAACCUGUGGACAAGGUUGGUGCAGUUUUUUUUGCAAGAAGCAGCGUUUUUCUAAUGCUGGACAACCUCUUUAAGUCCCUGGUCAACUGCGGGUCUAUUCAUCCAAACCAUAGGCAUUAUAGAUCCCUUGGGUUCUCUGAUGCUUUCAGUUUGGGUGACUUGACCCAUGGUCCGGCCUGGAUAUGCACUUGUAAUAUGGCUACAGAAAUGCAGCCGUAUAUUGCUUGUCUGAAAUCAGCCUAAAACAGGGUAUGAGAUUUAUUCAUAGGGGAAAUUUAUCAUUACUUGCACCAGUGACAAAAUUGCUAAAAAUAAAAAAAAUGAUUUCGCAAACGUCAUAUUUGCACCGAAAAUAUUUUCGUAAAUUCUGCUACUCUAUGCUAGUGCAGAGAAUGAUAUUUGCUAUGUUCCCUUAAAGUGGCCCUUUUGACUCUUUGGUGUGUAAAUAUAUAUCUAUCAUGCCCUUCUAUAUUAUUUCUGACCUCUUCUUAUUUAUCUAAACAGUUAAACUUGUCCUAAAGCUGUGUUUAUACAUGUGGAUCUGGUAUGUUCUCAUUCUGAUCUAUAGUCAAAAGAAGUUACUGUAAUUUGCCUUUCGGCACACCUAUACUGCCAUCUAGAGGAUAUUCUCACUAAAUAAAAAUAAACUGUAAUUUCCAUAAAUAUUCCAACACACCAUUGUCCUCUAAAUGGUGGUCCUCCAGAUGUUGCAAAACUACAACUCACAGCAUGCUCGGACAGCCGUUGGCUGUCCGGGCAUGCUGGGAUUUGUAGUUUUGCAACAUUUGAAGGGUCACAGUUCUGAGAUCAAUGUUCUACAACAUACAUUAGACAAACUUUGAAAUAAUGUAACUUUUUUAAGGGAAACCAGUAAUAAACUUUGUUAUUUUUUCCAGUCUGUAGUUAAAAAGUUUGAGUGCCUAUUAAAUACUACAAAAUAUGUUUGUUUUUUUUAUAAUAAAAAAAUUUAGACAUCACUGACACCUAAUGAAAUACAUUUUAAACCACUCUCCAUGUAAAAACCCGUGAAUGGACCAUUAGACCAUACUGCUUUAAGGGAUCAAAAUACAGUAUUUUCUUUUUAAUAGAAGAUACAGUCAUGGCCUUAAAUGUUGGCACCCCUGAAAUUUUAAAGAAAAUUAUGUAUUUCUCACAGAAAAGGAUUGCAGUAAAACACAUUUUGUGUUUAUUCCCUUUGUGUGUAUUGGAACUAAACCAAAAAAGGGAGGAAGAAAAGCAAAUUGGACAUAAUGUCACACCAAACUCCAAAAAUGGGCUGGACAAAAUUAUUGGCACCCAUAACGUAAUAUUUGGUUGCACACCCUUUGGAAAAUAUAACUGAAAUCAGUCGCUUCUUAUAACCAUCGAUAAGCUUCUUACACCUCUCAGCCAGUAUGUUGGACCACUCUUCCUUCGCAAACUGCUCCAGGUCUCUCUUAUUGGAAGGGCGCCUUUUCCCAACAGCAAUUUUAAGAUCUCUCCACAGGUGUCCAAUGGGAUUUAGAGCUGGACUCAUUGCUGGCCCCUUCAGAACUUUUCAGCGCUUUGUUGCCAUCCAUUUCUGGGUGCUUUUUGACAUAUGCUUGAGGUCAUUGUCCUGCUGGAAGACCCAAGAUCUCGGACACAAACCCAGCUUUCUGACACUGGGCUGUACAGUGCGACCCAAAAUCUGUUGGUAAUCUUCAGAUUUCAUUAUGCCUUGCACACAUUCAAGGCACUCAGUGCCAGAGGCAGCAAAACCACCCCAAAACAUAAUUGAACCUCCACCAUAUUUCACUGUAGGUACUGUAUUCUUUUCUUUGUAGGCCUCAUUCUGUUUUCGGUAAACAGUAGAAUGAUGUGCUUAACCAAAAAGGUCUAUAUUGGUCUCAUCUGUCCACAAGAUGUUUUUCCAGAAGGACUUUGACUUACUCAAGUUAAUGUAGUCUUGCUUUUUUAUGUCUCUGUGUCAGCAGUGGGGUCCUCCUGGGUCUCCUGCCAUAGCGUUUCAUUUCAUUUAAAUGUUGACGGAUAGUUCGUGCUGACCCUGAUGCUUUGUGAGCCGGCAGGACAGCUUGAAUAUCUUUGGAACUUGUUUGGGGCUGCUUAUCCACCAUCCGGACUAUCCUGCGUUGACACCUUUCAUCAAUUUUUCUCUUCCAUCCACGCCCAGUGAGAUUAGCUACAGUGCCACGGGUUGCAAACUUCUUGAUAAAGUUGUGCACUGUGGACUAAAGCAAAUCUAGAUCUCUGGAGAUGGACUUGUAACCUUGAGAUUGUUGAUAUUUUUCCACAAUUUUGGUUCUCAAGUCCUCAGACAGUUCUCUUUCUUUUGUCCAUGCUUAGUGUGGCACACAGACACACAAUGCUAAGACUAAGUGAACUGCUCUCCUUUUUAUCUGCUUUCAGGUGUGAUUUUUAUAUUGCCCACACCUGUUACUUGCCCCAGGUGAGUUUAAAGGAGCAUCAUAUGCUUUAAACAAUCUUAUUUUUCCACAAUUUUGAAAGGGUGCCAAUAAUUUUGUCCAGACCAUUUUUGGAGCUUUGGAGUUAGCUUUUUUUCCUCCCUUUUUUGGUUUAGUUCCAAUACACACAAAUGUAUUUUCGCAAUACAGGAACAUUUUAACCUCCUCUUGCAGUUCUAGUGCACUGGACACAGACCGUAUGGUUCAAGGUUAAUUUCAGUAGAACUGUGGGAGGUCCAAGAAUAGCACCAGUCAUGUAGGUGCUAUAAUGCACCCCUAUAAGGACAUGGUCACAUGGUGGAAUUUCGCAGAAGACUUUCACCGGAAAUUUUGGCCAAAUUUACUGCCUAUUGAUCUCAAUGGGAUUCCGCAGUUAUUAAGGCAGCAGAAUUUCCACAGCAGGCAUGCCGCCGUGAAAACUCAGUUUUCAGCAUUCCACAAAAAUCAAUAGGGCUUGAAUUUCGGCAGAAGUCUGUGUUCUGAGAAAACAGAAAUUCUGCCGCAAUUCCGUUCAGCAAACUUUGCUAAAUGGAAUUUGUGGAAAUUCUGCCGUGUGAACAUAGCCAAAGGGUGGCUUAAGGCAUCACUGUCAAUUGAAUAAGCCUUUGACAUGUUGUCCAGACAUGUUAAAAGCACUGAAUCUCACUCCUCAGACAUGCUGCGAUGGCGAGGUAUAACCCUGUAAAGUGUACAGCAGAGCUCUUCACUCCCCGGGCAGCUGCUCCUUCCAAUCUCUUCACUCCAUAGACUUAUGCAAUGAAAAGAUUGGAUGAGCAACAGUCGAGGAGUGAGAUGCACACUUUUUGGGGCAUUUUUGCCUACAAAAACGCUGUUGUCUGUUCUAAUCCUAAGUGCAGUUUUUGUAGGCAUCUUAUUCAAGCCACAAAAUUAAAAAUAAAUAAAUAAAUAAGUGUGAAGGAUAUCAUACAGACAUCUAAAAAUGGCCUGAAGGAUAACAACAUAAGGCUCUGUUCACACUACCAUUACUGUCCACUCCCUUGGUUUACAUUACCUCUUGACAAGUAGAACAGUAUAGUCUGCUGUGGACCAUUUAAACAUCAGUGGGAUCCUUCAGGAUCUGCUAUGCAAUGGAUCGGUCAUAACUGUCAUGGCUUCGAUAAUAACAAUAACCCUAAUACUAGUGUAAAAGGAAUCAAGAAAUUUACCAUUAUUUUCCUUUUGUUUAAAGGGAUUCUGUUAGCUGUUUUCGCUGCUAAGUGCUGCAGACACUGUUUGAUAGUUUCCAGCAUAUAAAAGGAACUGUUCCUUUCCUAGAGCUGAUUGUGGUUCCCAAACUUAUGAAAUUGGCAAAUGUCAAGGAGGCAAGGCCAAACUACUCAAGUGCCACAGCCUGGCACACUACCCUACCUUUCAGCCCUGCCUUUAUUGGUGUAUAGAGUUCUGUUAGUCAAUCAAGGAGGGGCUGGAAGGUAAGGUGCUGUGCCAGGCUGUGGCACUUGAACAAUUUGGCUCUGGCACUUGAACAGUUUGGCUCUGCCUCCUUGACACUUGGCUGGGAAAUAUUAGCUUCAACAAAAGGUACACUUUGCGUUUAUGCCUUAAUAACUAUACAACAGUGUCUGCAGCUCUUGGCAGCAAACAGAUUCCCUUUAAAGGGGUUAUCCAAGAAUAGAAAAACAGAGCUACUAUCUGUCAAAAAACACUCCCCAUCUGUCUCCAGGUUGGGUGUGGUUCUGCAGCUCUGUUCAAUUGAAGUGAAUGGAGCCAUGUUAUAAAACCACACCCAACCUGGAAACAGACGUGGAGCUGUUUUUGACAGAAAUUCUCAGUUUUCUUUUUUUCUAUUCCUGAAUAACCCCUUUAAUCGUAAUAAUAAUAAUUAUUUUAUUUAUAUAGUGCCAACAGAUUCCGUAGCACUUUACAAUUCUUACCAACAACAUUCCCUUUUCUAUUUCAACUUUCUUAAAUCUGUGUAUUUUCUCAUAUGUAUAGCAUUAGAGAUCAAAUAAAUGAAGCACUGCCCAGUCAAGAAAUACUUUUUUUAUAUUUCAAAAAGUUUAUCAAAAAGAUCAAAUCCUCUAUAACAAGUAGUUUUUAGUUAUUUUGCACAGAGACCUAGAACCGCAUAUUUCAUGUAACAACCCUUGAGGCUCACCUGAUGAUAACCCAGCACCUUUGAUACAACUUCGCUGUUACACAGGAUCUUCGAAAAUUCAGUCUUGUCUUCCGUAUGUAAGGGACUUCUGUCAUUUUAUUACCCACAUGGCAUGUUGUAAGCAAAGUGAUCUACAUAAAACAGCUACUUCAGUCUACAGUGUUGAUGAUAUGUCCGCCUAUGUGUUUGGUACUGGAAAACGAUAUCUUAUUGCUUGACCAAAUAUUAUUGUUUUAGUGUUUGGCAUGUUAUCUCUCUAUAUUUCCAGGUAAUUGGCGUCACAAUUUAUAUAUCCACUAUUCUGUUUUCUAACAUGGGGAGUCACGAGUCUGAACUAUGGAAUAUAAUGUGCUAAAGCAAAAGUGCCGUGUUGUAUGGCCAUGAUGAGAGUGUUAUUAAUAUCUCUCUCUCGCCACCCAGGCUGAAUCCAGCUGUUGCAAAACUACAACUUCCAGCAUGCCCGGACAGCCACAGCUGUCCGGGCAUGCUGGGAGUUGAAGUUUAGCAACAGCUGGAGGAAUCCUGUUUAGAAAAUACUGCUCUAGUCUACUACUAAAAGUUGUUAUCGGGUUAUCCAAAAUUAGGGAAGCGGCGCUGCUUUUGAAAGCGCUGUUAUUUUAUAUAUUAAGUUAGAUAUAAAACAUAUAUUCAUUGGAAUGAAGUGUGGAGUAUUACUACCUUGUUGUUGUUGUUGGUUCAAUUCUUCUAUUAAUAACCUGCCAACUCUGUCCUCUAUAUGCUGUUUCUUAUAACCUAAUGUGAGAAUUCUCCCAGUGUAAACAUUGUUCAUACUAUAAUGUAACGUCAGUGCUUAGCCUGAAAUUAUAGUUUUUGGGUUUGUUUGUUUUUUUGUAUUUUAUUGAAAAACUUGCUAAUAAAAACAGAUUUAACAUAAUAAAUAAAAAUAAAACAGCGCUAUGUCUGUCCUCCGGUUUUGUGUAGUAUUACAGCUUGGCUCCAUUUACUUCAGUGGAAAUAAGUUGCAAUGCCACCCAAAUGGGGACACGAGUGGUGCCGUUUCUGGAAGAAAUCAGCUUUGUUUCUCUAAUCCUGAAUAACCCUUCCUAAAUGUGAAGCUAGGUGUUGUGGGAAGAGUGUUUUAACAUGUCCCUUCUCUCCUGUCUAUGUAAAGCAGCUAUUGCAUCAGUGAUCGAGCAGUUUAGCAAAUUCAGGACUCUGUUAGAAUGGGUUGACGUAGCAGAUUUUCUAAGAGAAACUUCUGCAACUGGAAAUACUUUUCAUAAAUCUGAAUGGGGAUUCUGAAGCUUGUACGUGGAUUUACGCAAGGCCUAUUCAGAUGAAUGGGACGCAAUCCUGCACAUCAGGCCUCAGACAGUAGAGGAAGGCAUGCUGUGCUGAAACGCGUAAUGGUUUGUACCUGUGUCAUGACCAGAUGCAAAUAAACACUACAGUUAUUGCAUCUUAUUUGGUGAGCGCUACUCCACCACCAUUGUAGUUGUCCUGACACUUAUCCACAAUUCAGAUGAAUGGGGUGCUUGCAGAAAUUUUAGCAACAAAUCUGCUGCUUGUGAAUAUAUUUAAAAUGAAAUGCCUGCGACUGUCCCAUUUAUCUUGUAGAAGCUUGUGCAUAUGCUGCAAAUAAAUGUUAUGUAAUAAUACUUCUCUGUGCCCCUAAAACCCCUUCCAUAUACAGUGGUCCCUUAAAGGGGUACUCCCGAUGCCAGGAGCUUGUGACAUCAUAGCCCCGCCGCUCAA